AUGGCACCAAAUGUAGAUGCAGCAAUUCUCGCAGCGCUCCAUCUUGACCCAGAACAGACCAAAAUCGCGUCCCAUGGCGCCUCUGGCUUUGCGUCAUCAUUCAAACUCACGUCCGUCAUCGAUGGCCAGCCCACCAACUUUUUCGUGAAGACGGGCGCCGGAAAAGAUGCUGAAGUCAUGUUCAGAGGCGAACAUGAAUCGCUAAACGCAAUCCACAACGCGGUGCCGAACUUCUGCCCAAAGUCGCACACCCACGGGCGAUACCAGUCGUCGCCGGACAAGUACUUUCUAGUCACGGACUUCCUGGAACUGGGAUCCUCGACCUCUGGCGGAUCCGGCCUGUCACUAGCCGCGAAGCUCGCCAAGAUGCACACGACCCCGGCACCUAUCCCAGAAGGGUUCGACAAGCCCAUGUACGGGUUUCCUGUGAGCACCUGCUGCGGUUCAACGCCGCAGGAUAACUCGUGGAAGGAGAUGUGGGCGGAGUUUUACGCCGAGAAUAGGCUGCGUGGCGUCUUGCGCGCAGGGAUCAAGAACAACGGCUCGGAUGGAGAGCUGUCCGAUGCCGUGGAGACCGUUGCGAGCCGGGUCGUCCCACGGUUGAUCGGCGACGACCACGUCAAGGGCAUCAAGCCAGUGGUGGUCCACGGAGACCUCUGGAGCGGGAACCACAGCCGGGGCCAGAUCGCCGGGAAGGGCGGCGCCGAGGAGGUGGUCUACGACUCGUCGGCCGUGUACGGGCACUCGGAGUACGAGCUGGGCAUCAUGAAGAUGUUUGGCGGCUUCGGGAGCAGCUUCUGGAACGAGUACAACAAGCUCGUGCCAAAGGCGGAACCGGUAGGGGAAUGGGAUGAUCGGGUUGCACUCUACGAGUUAUAUCACCACCUCAACCAUUAUGCGAUAUUCGGUGGAGGAUACCGCGGAGGCGCAAUGGGUAUCAUGAAGAACCUGAUUUCAAAGUAUGGCUGA